GCCAUGGAGAAGCUCCAAAAGAGUCUCUUGCUAGCCAGAAGUCGGCCAGCCUGCGACCUCCUCAACGAUUUUGACGAUAUCGCAGACACGACGACAUACGAUAUUCAUGUUCCUAAGGAUGUGAAAGAAGGCCACUUCGCUGUGAUUGCAGUGGACAAGAGAUUCGUGGUUCCACUCAGUUAUCUCAGAGAUCCUUCCUUUCUCAGGCUGCUGCAGCAAGCAGAAGAAGAGUAUGGCUUCGACCACGACGGCGCGCUCACUGUUCCUUGCCAACCCAGCGAGCUCGAGAGGAUACUGGCCGCUUGUUAAUUAAUUAAUUAAUUUGCUCCACGCACACACAGGAUGCAUAUAUAUAUAUAUAUAUAUAUCUGUUCUGAUGCUGACUAACUAGGGGUUUGUUCAAAUAACCUUUGCGAAGAAAGUUAAGCUCUUUUUGGAAGUGGGUUCCAUGAAAACAGUUUCUUGCAUCUUAAUCAUAAACACGUGGAUCAAUAAAUAA